CCGCUCCAAACUUCUUCUCGUGUUCAUUUUGUCGUCCGAAAUCGCUCUAUUGUUGCACUAACGUUACGUAGCGGCUGUUCACUAUAACGUGAAAGAUUGAGGGAUUUAUGUCCUCAUAAUAAUUCCGUCCUCCUUUUUAUUUCGAAGGUUUGUGUGAUUCAGUAAUAAUCAAAUAAUUUAUUUACAUUCCAUUAAUUCAGAAAUAGAUGGGAUAUUUCUUCAUAGGCUAUACAGGGGCUUAGAUCAACACCCGCAGUUGGGAUACUUUUAAUAAGCAAACGCACAGCAGCACAUAAAUUAACUACCUUGCUACAAACAAGCAACACUUUGGAUUAGUGGAGUCAAUAAGGACGCAAGCAAAGGCAGCAAUAUUUGAUGCAAGAUUUAAUACCUUGGCGUUUGGCAUUGCCCCCGAUGCUGGCGUUGCCGUCAAAGAAUUUAUUAGUGAGUGAUGUACAAGAUCCACUCAGCAUCACCCUUGCCAACCGUCCACAUCAAAAGGAUUGUGGACAGGCAAUGAGAAAGACUAUGACCUUGGCCUGGCUUCAUAAGACACUUAUUUACCGGUAUUUAGUUGCUGGUGCAGCGAGAUACGAGGCAUUAUCACGUGUUACCCGUUCCUAGUUUAAGCGCUGGUCAGGAUGAACUACAGUAUGUCGUUUGUUAUUACGGCGAAAAGCUUUAUAAUCAUUUGUUGCACAUUUCUCUGGAUUAUGUCUAACAACUAGUUUACAUUUUUGUGUAAAAUGUACCAAGUUAUAUUAUUUAGAUAUUUGAGCUGUUAAGCGCCCCCUAGAGGAAGGACAUUCCUUGCUGUCGCUUCUAGCGGAAGUUGUCGGGUCUUCAUCCGUAUCAACAAUUUUUUGCUUCAUCCGUAUCAACAAUGGCGGCGCAGCAGCAGCAGAUGGGUACCAACAAUCCUCAGAUGAACGUUCAGCCACCUGCUGGUUUACAACAACAACAACAGCAGCAGCAGCAGCAGCUCAGUCAGCAACAAGACUUUGACCCCGUUCACAGAUUCAAGAUGCUGAUUCCACAGCUCAAGGAGAGUUUACAGAAUGUCAUGACCAUUGCCUCACAACAUUUUGGGUACAAUGCUGCAAUCGAUAACGGUCAGCGAACAACAGAGAUGGGCAAUGAUGCAGCUGUGCAGCGGUUUGACAAAAGUUUAGAGGAGUUUUAUGCUCUUUGUGAUCAAGUGGAACUCUGCCUGCGUCUGGCCCACGAGUGCCUAUCACAGAGCAUCGAUAGCACAAAGCACUCUCCCAAUCUCGUGCCUACAGCCACCAAGCCAGACACAGUGCAGACAGAAUCAUUGUCUUACUCACAGUACCUCAGUAUGAUAAAAUCACAGAUUUCAUGUGCUAAAGAUAUCCAUAAUGCUCUUUUGGAGUGUUCGAAAAAGAUUGCUGGAAAGGGCCAGUGAGCUUGUACUUAAAACAUUGUAUUUAGUUUUCUUUUGAUAUUGUUUUCCAUAACUUUGUGAUGCUGAUCGAAGAAUAAAUAUUUUCUACGUAUAUUUAAAUUGGUGUAUUUC